GCUAAAUAUCUUUAAUUUCGUAAUGAAUUUUUUUUUAUAAAUCACAUAUUAAUAAUAUACACAUUGUUACAAAUCUAAUAAGACCCCACUUGAUGUUUUUUUUCUAUAUAGUUAAAUUUGACAUAUCAGACCACAUCAGAUAAGUUCAAAUAAACAAAAAUGAAGUGAAACAAACAAGUCCUAAUAUUGUAUUAAUGGAUUCUUAAAAAAUAAAUUAAAAAAAAAGAAAAAGUUAUAUCUUCCCUCUUGUGUAGCCCGUAGUACCAAACACCCCGUAAUUGCGAUUGAAUGUAGUGUGUCUUAUCCAUGGCGGUGUCACUGAACCACAGCUGCUACUCUCUUCCUGACCAGCAUCGUCGUCUCCAUUUUCAUUCUCAUUCAUUCUUCCAAAUUUCUCUCUCCUCUUCUAUUCCCAACAAAAACUCCAAAUUUCCCAAAUUCAAAAAUAAAUCUUGUCCAAAUCCCAUUUUCAAAAAUUCCCGGCAAAAUCUCGUAAUUCCUCCGAUUUUCAUGCUUGCUCUUUUCGACAGACCUCCUGAUACCCAAACUUUCUUGGUUACUGUCAGCGUCUUGCUUGCAAUUACACUCUCUCUCUUCCUUGGCCUUAAGGGCGAUCCUGUUCCUUGUGAUCGAUGUGCAGGAAAUGGGGGUACAAAAUGCGUAUUUUGCAAUGACGGAAAAAUGAAGACAGAAAAAGGACAGAUUGAUUGCAAAGUCUGCAAGGGUGCAGGGAUGGUACUAUGCAAGAAAUGUGCAGGAUCUGGAUAUUCCAAGAGGCUAUGAGGUGUAUAAAGCUGGUAUCUGCAUCUGCUCUUGGCAAGAAUGUAAUGUUUGCUGUGAAAUUCUAUAUUUUUUACUGUAACCUAUUCCCAUCAUAAGAUAUCAUAAGAUUCGGAAGAUUGUUGCUCGCUUGUAAAUUUUUAUAUUAACAAAUUUGCACAUUAUAGUCAAAUUCUAUGCAUCAGUUGCAAUUUUGUGA